AUGGAUUACUAUUCCAAAAUGCUACCCAUUCUCCUCCUCAUAAUUCCCAUCUUAUUCUCCCCUUCCUCUGCCACAGAUCCCAUUCUCCAAACUGACUGUGGCUAUUGUUCCCAUCCACAUCCUAACCACCCCAAACAUCCCGUGCCACCCGUCACAGUUCAUCCUAAAUUGCCCGUGCCACCCGUGGCAUUGCCCAAACUGCCAGUCCCGCCAGUCACAGUUCCUAAAUUGCCCGUGCCACCAGUUAGCGUGCCCAAACUCCCUGUACCGCCUGUCACAACUGAUCCUAAACUGCCUGUCCCGCCAGUCACAGUGCCUAAGCUGCCUCACCCUCCAGUAACAGUACCUAAGCUGCCAUUGCCCAAACUGCCAGUCCCACCAGUCACAGUUCCUAAACUGCCCGUGCCGCCAGUUAGCGUGCCGAAACUCCCAGUGCCGCCAGUCACCGUUGAUCCUAAACUGCCUGUCCCGCCAGUCACAGUGCCUAAGUUGCCUCACCCACCAGUCACAAUACCUAAGCUGCCUUUGCCGAAACUACCUGUCCCACCAGUCACUACUGUGCCAAAGCUACCAAUCCCGCCAUCCACAGUACCUAACCUACCUUUGCCGAAACUGCCUGUCCCACCAGUCACUACUGUACCAAAACUACCCAUCCCGCCAGUCACAGUGCCCAAGCUGCCUGUCCCACCAGUCACUGUACCGAAACUGCCAGUCCCGCCAGUCACAGUGCCUAAAAAAUGCCCACCACCUCCGGCAUCCAAGGGCAGCUGCCCCAUUGACACACUGAAAUUGGGGGCAUGUGUGGAUCUUCUUGGUGGGCUUGUCCACAUUGGGCUGGGUGACCCGGCAGUGAAUGAGUGCUGCCCAAUAUUAUCUGGGCUGGUCGAGUUGGAGGCCGCGGCCUGCUUGUGCACCACGCUCAAACUCAAAGCACUCAAUCUCAAAAUAUAUCUCCCCAUUGCUCUGCAACUCCUUGCUCGCGAAAGAAAGAUGAAUCCAGCAACUUCAAAUCGACAUGAGAGGAUGUCGAGAUUCAUCUAAUUAAGCUUCAUAUAUAUAAUAUUCAUUCCUUGGGAGUUAAACUAUUUCCUUCUUCACAUCAAUUAUUCGACUUUUAUUCAUAUUUGAACUCCAUUAAUUUAAUGUGUGAAAUUGUUCAUUGUGUGUGUUGUUUGGGGUAGAGUUAAGGAAGCAAUUAUUAAAUUUGUGCUUAUUUCAAUGCUUCAAUUUAACUCAAUUAACUGUUUAAUUUUUCAAACAAUC